GUGUCCCCCGACUUUCCCCGAAAGCCGCCGUCAUCGGUUCUUCGGCAUGCAUGCGCGACUCGAUUACUCGUAUUUGUCCCCCGCGUCGCUCGUUUGCACCACUAUGAGCCCAAGAGCGAUUUUUUAUUUCACCCUUGUCUCGGUAUUUCAUCGUUGCAACUCAAGAGCGAUUUCUUGUUUCUCCGGGUGAAUCCGCUUGUUUCGCUCUCGUUCCUCCUGCAGCCAUGAAUGCCUCAGCUCUCCUCGUGCCCACGGCUCUGUUCAUCGCGCUAUCUCCGGGCUUCUUGCUGCAAAUUCCAGGAGACAAGGGGCCCGUUGAUGUCGCUCCUAACAGGGUGCCGGCGUCGUCCGUGGUGGUGCAUGCUGCAGUCUUCGCUGCAGCCAACUACGGCCUCCAAACUAUGAAGAAGAUGCCCAAGUAGUUGUCUCCAUGCUCGGAGUUGCUCAUGGUGCAGGGCUGAUAGCUUCUGAGUCAAUAGUCGAUGAGCAGAGGGUUUUCAACGGGGAUGAUAUGUGGAGUACAUAGGAGGGUUGUCUAUACUAGAAGGCUGUUCAUUCGCUUGUCCUUUCAUUGAUAGCUAGUCUGUCUUGAUGCUGCUAGUUUUCCUGCCUAACUACUCUUGAUCAUACUGUUGGAAAAAAACUCCUCUGUAUUUCCAGGCCAG